UCAAACCGAGUCGAAGCGUCCAGCACGGCACAUGGUCAUGGCGAGUCCCUCGCUCGGACUGCCGUCCGAGCGUGAGGAGCGAGUCCCAACCGAGCAGAUCUUGGGCGAAGCCGCAGACCCUGAAGCAGCUGAAGCAGCGGAAGCAGCCGAGGCCGGAGCUGAGGCCGCCGAGGCCAUCGCCGCGGUCGGCCCCGAAGAGGCGUCGGAGCUCCCGGCGCUCCAUACCUUGGAGUUUCCCGAUCGCCGGGAUGAGCGCCAGCGCUUGGGCUUGAUUCGAUUCCACUUGGAGGAUGGAGUGCCCGAAGUGGGAGGCUUGGGCUGGCGGUCGCGAGGCGGACAUUUGUUAAAGAAUCAGACCUUCUUUGCUAGCAAGCCGGGGGAGAAUCUGUGGAACAAUCCCACCCACGCAGGGCCUCGUACUUGGCGCACCUAUCAUGGUCCCAAAUUGCGGACGGAUGCGGAUUUGAUGGAGAGGAUGGAUCGGAUUGAAGCACAUCAUGCGAAUUGGGAAGCCAAGAAGGCAUUUGUGAACACCGUGCGGGUUCAGACCUUAGAUCGCUUUUACAGCAAGAAGGUGGAGAAUGAGCAGAAAGAAAUGGCCGCGACCUGGGCCCCUCAUCGCAGGAAUCGAGCUGAGUAUCACAAGUAUCAUGAAACCUUGGCAUCCAACUUGGACAAUAUGCCCAUGAAGGAGCUGAAGAAGGUUCUGACUCCAACCGUACUUCACGGUGACCGUGAAGCGAUCCGUGCGAUCACCAAGCGCAUUCAAGUGGAGGAAACCUGGAAGCUGGCCUGGAAAGACAUGGAGAUGGCACGUAGAGCAGAGACCCAGGCGGAUUUGGAGCAUCGGAUGACUUACAACGCCAUGCUCAUGGAGCUAGCAGGUCAGAAACGCAUCCACAAGCCACAAAAUACCCCAGUGAGAUGUUCACCAAGAGUGAAGCAUUUGGCGCUCCCUGCCCAGCCUAGGACUCCAGAUGAUAUCACCAAGCGUUCAGAUUAUGCCGGCUUGGUCCAUGUGGACAACCGCCAUGCCAUGGAAGCGAGAUUUCCAGGGUCUGGACAUGCGCUCACCACCACCUUCACCGCCGAUGCCACCGCCCGGAGCAAGCCGGCCUUCCCACCACCCGAGCCUCCUCCGACCCCCUCCUUCGCACGCGGUGCCGGUGCCAGCCCCAAGGAGCCGAGGGCGACUCACUCGGCGCGGAAGCCGGUGGUGCGGAAGGGCAGCAUGCCAGUGAACCAACAGCGACUGCAAACCGUGAACCGACGACAGGACCCUUCCGUCUUAGCGGAGCACUCGCAACAGCAGUUUCUGCCCACGUCGGCACCGCCGCCGCCGGAUCAGGGACAGCUGCUGCUGAAGGAAACCAACGCCGCGGAUCAGCUCCACAUGAGCGUGGAGUUUCCACCGCGCUCGGACCACACCCAGAGCGGUUCCGUCCACUCCAAGGACUCGGGCAAGUUGGAUGUGGCUCCUCCGGCUCGGCCCAUGUCCUAUCCGGUGAGCGUCCGCAAUGUGGAAGAUGGCAUGGAGAUGUUGGAUUGGAGGCCUAAGCGUUGCCAUGGUGCUUUGGCAACUGCCACUCCGAAAGAGAGGGUGUUGCAAAGCGUUCGCACCGAGCGCUGGCCUCCCGUGGGAAGUCAGACUGUGGACAUCACCAUUCUAUCCGCGGCAGGACUACCGAAAGCCGAUCGAACCGGGCACUCAGAUCCCUAUGUGGUUGUAGAGGUUCCUGGAAAAUCCAGGUCCAAAGCCAAAACAACUGUUGCUCAUUACACCGAGAAUCCUGUUUGGAACCAGCCGCUGGUUGUGCGUGGAUGGCGACGUGGUGAGCCACUGGCCAUCUCUGUGGUGGAUGCCGACGUCAUGGGCGCAGAUGAUCAGCUGGCCUUUGUUCAGGUGCCGAGUGCCGACCUCUUCCCACACGGCUUCGAGGGAAGGCUGGAGAUGCAGAACACCUGGGUCUUGGACAAGGGCAUGAACGAGGAGUACAAGCAGUACAAUCUCACCUGCAGGCCCAGCAUUGAUGUGAAGAUUUCUUUGCGAGAUGACAUCUACACCGGAACUGGGCCAGCGCUGAGCUACCUGCAAGCGGAACAGGCGGUCAGCAUGCCAGAUGCACAACCUACCACCGGCGCAGUGUGUGCACACCUGGACAAUUUCGAAGCAAAGCUCAAGCCCGUGCCGCGACUUGGAAAUUUCUGGAUGAGCACGCCCUUGCAUGACCGUGCCUAGCGUUCUUGGUGCUGUCCAGAAAGACCGUCGAUGUGGCAACACUUGGAGCAGUUGCCAAUGCUGUGAAAUGCAUUUAAAUGUACCCUGUACAUCCUGUACAUCCUGUACUCCUUGAUAGUUUCUUUGAUCCGACACACGGUGAUCACUGCACAUGGUUGCACUAAAUGAUCACUCUAUAUACGCAUGUUUAUUUCUUCCGGUCUUUCUUGGUUUAGAUUGCCACCUGCAUGGCGCAGUGUCGUUGUUGAAGAUCAACAACAGCUCCGAAAGCCAAAGACAGUGAAGAGUCUC